AAGGUUAACACCAUGUCUAUUAACUGACUUCACAUAUCUCAAGUUUCCAUCAGAGGAGAGAGACUCCGGAACACACUAAAGAGGGCAGGCUCUAUUUUUCCCCAACUCUCGUCGGUUUCUCCUUUCUCUCUCUCUCCCCCUCCCUCUGGUUCGCUGUCUGUGUUUCCCAUACACAUGAUGGGUAGCUCCAUUUGGAUCGCCACCCUCUUCCUCGCCCAUCUCCUCAUCAUACCUUCUGCGUAUUCGUUUUAUCUCCCAGGUGUAGCGCCUCGCGAUUUCUCAAAGGGUGAUCCCCUUCAAGUUAAAGUGAACAAGCUGUCAUCGACAAAAACACAACUUCCUUAUGAUUACUAUUUUCUGAAGUAUUGUAAGCCUAAAAAGAUUAUGAAUAGCGCAGAAAAUUUGGGAGAGGUUCUUCGUGGUGAUCGCAUUGAGAAUUCUAUUUAUACGUUCAAAAUGAGAGAGGAGUCGUCCUGUAAAGUAGCCUGUCGAGUAAAGCUUGAUGCUGCUGCCGCAAAGAAUUUUAAGGAGAAAAUUAAUGAUGAAUAUCGAGUGAACAUGAUUUUGGAUAACCUUCCUGUUGCAGUUCUCCGACAAAGGAGAGAUGGGACUCAAGCUACAGCUUAUGAACAUGGAUUUCGUGUUGGGUUCAAGGGAAGCUAUGCUGGUAGCAAAGAUGAGAAACAUUUUAUAAAUAACCACCUGAGCUUCAGAGUCAUGUAUCACAAGGACCCUGAAACUGAUUUAGCACGCAUUGUUGGAUUUGAGGUUACACCCAACAGUAUUAAUCAUGAGUACAAGGAGUGGGAUGAGAAGAAUCCCCAGCUCUUAACAUGCAACCCAGGUACCAAAUUGAUUCAAGGCAGUACUGUCCCACAGGAGGUUGAUGUGGACAAAGAGAUUGUAUUCACAUAUGAUGUUUCUUUUAAGCCUAGUGAUGUUAAAUGGGCUUCUCGUUGGGACACCUACCUACUCAUGAAUGAUGAUCAGAUACACUGGUUCUCCAUAAUAAACUCUCUGAUGAUUGUCCUCUUUCUAUCUGGCAUGGUGGCCAUGAUUAUGAUGAGAACUCUGUAUAGAGAUAUUGCCAACUACAAUCAGUUGGAGACACAGGAUGAAGCACAAGAAGAAACAGGAUGGAAACUUGUCCAUGGAGAUGCUUUCAGGCCUCCAAUUAAUUUCAGCUUACUCUGUGUUUACGUUGGGACAGGGGUUCAAAUCUUUUGGAUGACACUUGUUACAAUGAUGUUUGCAUUGUUAGGUUUCCUAUCACCUUCCAACCGAGGGGGUCUGAUGACUGCUAUGGUUCUCUUGUGGGUUUUCAUGGGUUUAUUUGGGGGCUACUCUUCAGCUCGUUUGUAUAAGAUGUUCAAAGGCACGGAGUGGAAAAGAAACACCUUGAAAACUGCCUUCAUGUUCCCUGCUAUACUUUUCUCCAUCUUCUUUGUGCUGAAUGCCUUAAUCUGGGGGGAGCAGUCUUCAGGAGCAGUGCCAUUUGGAACCAUGUUUGCUCUUGUUUUCUUGUGGUUUGGCAUAUCAGUGCCAUUGGUUUUCGUGGGUAGUUACUUGGGUUUCAAAAAACAAGUUGCUGAGGAUCCCGUGAAGACAAACAAGAUUCCGAGGCAGAUACCAGAGCAGGCAUGGUACAUGAAACCUGUCUUCUCUAUACUCAUUGGAGGCAUACUUCCCUUUGGGGCUGUCUUUAUUGAACUCUUCUUCAUCUUGACAUCCAUAUGGUUGAACCAGUUCUACUACAUCUUUGGGUUUCUCUUCAUUGUCUUCAUUAUCCUUAUCAUCACUUGUGCUGAGAUCACGGUUGUGCUUUGCUACUUCCAGUUGUGCAGCGAAGAUUACCAUUGGUGGUGGAGGGCUUAUCUGACUGCUGGAUCUUCUGCCCUCUACCUCUUCCUCUACUCGAUCUUCUACUUCUUCACUAAAUUGGAAAUAACAAAGCUGGUGUCAGGCAUCCUUUACUUUGGGUAUAUGUUAAUUGUGUCAUAUGCAUUCUUUGUUUUGACUGGCACAAUUGGUUUCUAUGCAUGUCUCUGGUUUGUCCGGAAGAUCUACUCCUCCGUUAAGAUUGACUGAGAGAGGUGAGGAAGGACUCAGACAGGUGAGCAUGAAUAAGCAACUGAAUACAAGGACCGGAUGAAGGUCAGAUCUAACAGAGGACAAAGGAAAAUCUGCCCAUUCUCAGUAUUUGCAUUACAAGAUUACCCCUAUGGGAAGUACUUUCCCAAUCUCUCCAAAGCAGUCAAUUUGCAGAAGGUAGUGCCUAGGUCUUUGGUUGUAUUUUUUAUUUUUAUUUUUUUCCUUCUAUAUACUUGCUUUACAUCUUUUUGCUAUGAGAAGUGAAGUGUAUGUUCGAUAGCUUCCGAACAGGAAGCUUACACAACUAAUCGUCUUAUGGGCACUGUUAUUUUAAGAAUGGAUCAUAUUUGGGUAAAUCAUGAAUGUAAUCGCCUACUACGGAUUAUCCUCUGGCA